AUGACCACUCGUGCUACAACCGUCCCGGCCACCGUCCUCCCCACCACCGUCCCGGCCGCCGCGCCCGCGAGUGUCCUCCCCGCCGCCCCGGACGCCGCCGCCACCUCCAUCGCCUCCCCGGACCCGGCGGCCACGCGCGCCUUCCUGGGCCGCCUCUACAACUCGGCCAAGCGCUCCCUCUCGGGUGCCCGCCCCUGGCCCGAGCUCCUGGACCGUGCCGCGCUCUCGCGCCCGGACUCCCUCUUCGACGCCACCGCCCGCCUCCGCAAGAACCUCGCCUACUUCCGCGUCAACUACGCCACGCUCUCCCUCCUCGCGCACCCCUUCUCCCUCGUCGCCCUCCUCGCGUUCCUCGCCGCCUGGUGCUUCCUCUACCUCCUCCGCCCCACCGACGCCGCCCCGCUCAAUGCCUUCGGCCGCACCUUCUCCGACCCCACCGAUGCGGCGACCCCGCCGAAGGAGGCGGCGGCCUCCCCGCGGCCGGGGCGAAGCUGGAGAGGAUGCAGCCUCUGGAGUGGCCCCAGAGGGACGCUCUCUGCGGCGAGCUCGGGGCGGGCGACGCCGGGCACCGGGUCCGGCUCUGCGGCUGGGUCGCCCUCCGCCGCUUCCACGCUGGCCUCACCUUCCUCACCCUCCGCGACUCCUCCAGCAUGGUCCAGGUGA